AUGUCUACGACAGCAUCUUCACAAGGCUCCGCCGCGGGAGGGGGAUGUCAGCCAUCGCCACACCAGGAUAGACUGAGCCACUUCUGCCGCAGCCAAGGCUUCCGAUCUCCCAAUUACCAAGUCCUGUCCGAUCGCAGAGGCGGUCGCACAGCCUGGAGCUGCGUGGUGACUGUACAGGGAAAUCAAUUCCCGGCCCGCUUCUGGUAUGAUGGCCAGUACGUCCACAACGCGCGAGAGGAUGCCGCAGAAAAGGCGCUUCAGGCUCUCGUGGUGAGCACGCCGCCGUCAGUGCCGCGUCCUGCGAACGUCCAACAGCAGCACCAGCAUCAGACUCAGCACCAGCACCCACACUCUCACACGCAGAACAGUCAGUACUACGACGCCAUCAAUAGCUAG